AUGUUCCGCAACGCUGUCUCCAGACCUCUCCUCCGCGUCAACCAGAGCCUGGUUGCUACACGCUCUUUCUCCGUUGCGUCUGUCAGAAUGGGCGAGGGAGACACUGGUGCUCCCAGGGCUGGUGGUGUGCUAUCAGGUGACCAAUUCACCAGGCGCGAAGCCGCUCAAGAAAAUCGAUACGUAAAGGAGAAGGAGCUCGAGAAGCUCCGACACCUCAAGCAGAAGCUCUCUGAGCAGCGAAAGCACCUCGAUGAACUCGACAAACACAUUGACGCUCUCACCAAAGAACAAGGCGGCGAACAGAACUAG